AUGGUUGACGACCAUCAACAUAAAACAGCCCUAGGGAUUGUCGUCGCAUUCACGGCCCUCGGUGGCAUUGCUGUUCUACUUCGGCUCUGGAGCCGAUGGCUAUCACGAUCGGCACUCACCAGUGAUGACUGCUUCAUUGUUGUGGGAUAUAUCAUCUCCAUCUGCCAGUCUAUUACCUCGUGGUACUACAUCAAAACCAAUUAUGUCGGCUUUCAUAUUUGGGAUAUCCCCAAAGACUUCAAUCCCAGACCUGGGAUGAAUUGGAACUUCGCAAAUCAGAUUCUCUACAAUCCAGCCUUGACCGUGGUAAAGCUGUCAAUAUUGUUGUUCCUGCGCCGACUCGAUUCGCGCUCACGGGUGGUCAAAUACCUCACCUGGAGCUCGUUCGCCGUGGUAAUCACUCUUUUUAUGACCGUUCUCCUCGUCGACAUUUUUCAAUGCAAUCCAGUAGCAUACGUCUACGACACGACGAUCCCGGGCGGAAAAUGCAUCAACCAAGGCGCAUUCUACGUCUCAACCGCAGCGCUAAACCUCUUCACCGAUAUAAUGGUCCUCUCAAUCCCGGUCAUAAUCACUGCGCGCCUUCAAAUGCCCCUCCGACGCAAGAUUGCCGUGUGUAUCAUCCUAUGCCUAGGCGGAGUAGCAACCGCCGUCGGAGUCUGGCGAAUCGUAAUGCUCGCCCAAGCAUUUCUCUCCAACACCCCAAACCCAGACCCAACUUACGCAAUCGGCUUCUGCAGCUCCGCAGUCGAAAUAAACGUCGCAGUGGUAUCAGCCUGCGGUCCGUCCCUGAAAGCCAUCAGCAGCAGGAUAUUCCCCAAACUGCUCGGCAGCUCGCGAGGGAAAUCCACCUACUACGGCGCCGGCACCGGCUCCGGCACCGGCGUGGGCUCACGCAGACUCCGCUCGAAUGCGUUCAAGUCUACCUCACACGCCCAGCAAUCAGUGUACUCCACCCGCGGCGCAGAUUACGAGAUGGCCGAUCCGCUGGGCGGGCCGCGUGUUGAUGUUGUUGGGGAUUUUGAAAUGCGCAAGUAUAAGCGUGGGGGUAGUGAUAGUGGUCUGAGUAGUGAGGAUGGUAAGGGCAUUAUGAAGACGACUGAUAUCUCGGUCGGAUAUAGUAUGGAGCCCCGGGUGGAGGAUGGUCGGUCGCACGAUGGUAGGCCGGCCAGUGUAGAUAGUAUAGUUUAA